CGGCGCAGGGUUCGCUGCGAAGGACACUGGGGUAGUGGGAGCAGUCCUUCCUGAAGGGACAAUCGAGAGAAAGAGAGAGAGCCGAAGUGGCCCGAAGUCCGGCGCGUACUCCCCUCGCUCAGUCCAAAGGCAGUUUGGUUCCGCGCAAACAGACUCCGGGUCGGGCUUUUCCUCGAAAGCCGCCGCCCCGCCCUUUCGCCUCGGAGGACAAAGAGCUUGGCGGCCGACGUAGGAGAGACCUGCACGCUGGGGGCGCUGGGACCGGCCAUGGUCAUGGACGUGGGCUCCCUGGACGCCGGAGGCCUGCGGACGCUGUUGCGGGAGCGCGCGGCGCAGUGCCUGCUGCUCGACUGCCGCUCCUUCUUCGCUUUCAACGCGGGCCACAUCGCCGGCUCAGUCAACGUGCGCUUCAGCACCAUCGUGCGGCGCCGGGCCAAGGGCGCCAUGGGCCUGGAGCACAUCGUCCCCAAUGCCGAGCUGCGCGGCCGUCUGCUGACCGGCGCCUACCACGCCGUGGUGCUGCUGGACGAGCGCAGCGCCGCCCUGGACGGCGCCAAGCGCGACGGCACCCUGGCUCUGGCAGCCAGCGCGCUCUGCCGCGAGGCGCGAGCAGCACAAGUCUUCUUCCUCAAAGGAGGAUAUGAAGCUUUUUCAGCUUCCUGCCCGGAGCUGUGCAGCAAACAGUCGACCCCCAUGGGGCUCAGCCUCCCCCUGAGUACUAGUGUUCCUGACAGCGCGGAAUCUGGGUGCAGUUCCUGCAGCACCCCACUCUACGACCAGGGUGGCCCGGUGGAGAUCCUGCCAUUUCUGUACCUGGGCAGUGCCUAUCACGCUUCCCGCAAGGACAUGCUGGAUGCCUUGGGCAUCACCGCCUUGAUCAAUGUCUCGGCCAAUUGUCCCAACCAUUUUGAGGGGCACUACCAGUACAAGAGCAUCCCUGUGGAAGAUAACCACAAGGCAGACAUCAGCUCCUGGUUCAACGAAGCAAUCGACUUCAUAGAUUCCAUCAAGAAUGCCGGGGGAAGGGUGUUUGUUCACUGCCAGGCAGGCAUUUCCCGCUCAGCCACCAUCUGCCUCGCUUACCUCAUGAGGACUAACCGAGUCAAGUUGGACGAGGCGUUUGAGUUUGUGAAGCAGAGGAGAAGCAUCAUCUCCCCCAACUUCAGCUUCAUGGGCCAGCUGCUGCAGUUCGAGUCCCAAGUCCUGGCCCCGCACUGCUCGGCAGAGGCUGGGAGCCCAGCCCUGGCUGUGCUUGACCGAGGCACCUCCACCACCACCGUCUUCAACUUCCCCGUCUCCAUCCCCGUCCACUCCACAAACAGUGCACUGAGCUACCUUCAGAGCCCCAUUACGACCUCUCCCAGCUGCUGAAAGGCCACGGGAGGUGAUCUUCACAACCUACGAGGACCCCAAGCUCCUUCUCCAGAGGAGAAAUGCAGUAACUCCAGGGAGGGGUGGCUUAUGAGGGCCGGUCCUUAUUUAUUUUGAUUUCACCCGAAACCACCGUCAACCGUGAUGACUUGGCAUAAAGGCGUUUGCCGAACUUGCAUCUGGGACCAAUAUAUAGUGGGUACAUCAAGUCCCUCUGACAAAAAGGGGCGAAAGGAAAAGGGGACUCAGUGCAUGAGCCCGUUUCUUUUUGCUUGCCCCUGAUUUUUGUAGAAACGUCAUGCUUGACAUACCUACCAGUAUUAACAUUCCCAAUGACACAUAUGCAGACAAGAAGAUACCUUAUUUAUUUUUGUGCAGGUGGUCUGCCUUCACAAACGUCAUUGUCUACUCCUAGAAGAACCAAAUACCUCAGUUUUUGUGUUUGAGUACUGUAAUAUCCUGUAAAUAUAGCCUGAGCAGGUUUGUUUUCAGCACUGAUGGAAAACACCAGUGUGGUUUUUUUUUUUAAGUUGCCAACAGUUGUAUGUUUGCUGAUUAUUUAUGACCUGAAAUAAUAUAUUUCUUCUUCUAAGAAGAACUUUUGUUACAUAAGGAUGACUUUUUGAUACAACAGAAUAAAUUAUGGCAUUUCUAUUGAAA